AUGGUGUCCUGGGGCCUGGGCGUCCUGCUCAUCAUCCGUCUCCUCCUCAACCUGAUCAACCAAGGUUGCUGUGCUGAGAACCUUCAACAGGCCUUCCGUGUGGAGCCGGAUAAUGUCACCGUCCAUGAAGGGGAAACAGCUCUGCUAAGGUGUGAGGUGGACAACCUCUCUGGCAUUGUGCAGUGGGUGAAGGAUGGGCUUUUGUUGGGACCCAACCAGGACAUCCCUAGGUUCCCACGCUACAGCAUGGUGAGAGAUCCUAGCCAAGGCAAGUUUAACCUGCAAAUAACAAGGAGCCAACUGGAAGACGAUGCCAUGUACGAGUGCCAGGUGGGACCCUCGGAGAAAAGCAGAGGCAUCAUCUCUCGUAGUGUGCUGCUCUCUGUGCUGAUUCCCCCCAAGAGGCCGCUCAUUCGGGAGUACCAGGCCAACAGCACAGUGACCUGGGUGGCUGGCAUGGAAUAUACAGUGCACUGCCAAGUGGAAGAUGCCCGGCCUGCAGCCGAGAUCACCUUCUGCAGUGGUGACAAGAAAGUGACGGAUGUGUCAUCCAGCAUCCAACCUGGCUCCAACGACAAGCUGUUCAGCACAGAGGCCAUGCUGAGGAUCACUCCCCAGAGCUCAAACAACAGGCAACGGCUGACGUGCGCAGCUUCUAACCCAGUUGCCUUAAUCCCAGUUGUUGUCAGCUUCACCAUGAAUAUCCUGUUCCCACCACAGCCACCUGUCAUCAAGGGAUACGAUGGCCCCACAAUAAAAGCCAAAGACAAGCUAGAGCUGACCUGUAUUUCUUUGAGUGGGAACCCACUGGCUACCCUGCAGUGGCUAAAGAAUGAUGAAGUGAUUUCCACGAAUUGGGAGACGGACGACGCCGGCCAAUUGUCCCGGAGCUCCCUCAGCCUCAGCAUCACAGCAGAAGACAACAUGGCUACAGUCAGCUGCCAGGCCUUGAACCAAGUCUUGCCCCUUCCCCUGCAAGCCAGCAUCACUCUGCACGUGGUCUUUCUCCCUGACAAGGUGGAAAUCAUAGGCUCAAGCAGCACCGAGGAAAACAAGGAGCUCUCUCUGUCUUGUUCCACCUCUCCCAGCAACCCACCUGUCUUGCUGCGCUGGUGGCUGGGCUGGAAGGAGCUCAGUGCCACAGAAGUCACCGUGUCAGAGGCUGCUCAUGGCGGGAUGAUCACGGUGUCUAACAUCACAUACACAGCACGCCGUGAGGACAACGGAUUGUCUCUGAUCUGUGAGGCCUUCAAUGAAGCCAUCUUCUAUGCCAAGACUGCUGCCGUGACCCUCCGAGUACAGUAUCCACCUCAGAAGAUCUGGAUCGAUGUGCCACCCCCAGAAACACGCUUUCGAGCUGGCACCGUAGUCAAGCUCACCUGCUUUGCCAGCGGUGGACACCCUCUGCCUCGCCUUGAGUGGUACAAGGAGAGCAAAGUAGUGAGGGACAGGAUAACUCCGGGGUCAUCGGGGAACAUUGUGUCCAAGGAAUUGCUCCUCACCACGACUGCCAGCGACAACAUGGCUACUUACUACUGCAAGGCUUUUGGAAAUUCCAGAACCCCAGCGCUCACUGCAGAGACUCGUCUGCAUGUCCAGUUUUCAUUGAAGGUGAUGGAGCUUGAGACCCAACCAGUUUCAUUGAAGGUGAUGGAGCUUGAGACCGCCACCAAUGAUGUCCCGCCCCUAAGUGCAAAAAUUACGGUGACAGCCAAGGAGCUCAAGCGUGGCCAGUCGGUGACACUCCACUGCAAAUCGGGCAGCAGCAACCCUCCCGCCAGCCUCACCUGGCUCAAAGAUGGGAAAAGGUUGAAGGCAAGUAACCCAGAGCAGAAGAAAGCAGAAUUUGGGGGGUUUUCCACUUCAGGAAAGGUGACUCUGGUGGUGUCAUCUGCAGAUCAUGGGACGAGAGUGGAAUGCCAUGCAUAUAGCUCUGUCCUCUCUGAAGGUGUGAAUACCUUCUACCAGCUCACUGUCCUAUUUCCCCCAGAGUUCUCCUCUGAGCAGCCUCUAGUAGUGCAAGCUGUGGAGCACGGAGCUGUCCAGCUGCCCUUGCUGGUGUCGGCCAGCCCUCCAGACAUCACCUAUCGCUGGAGCUUCCUUGGUGAGGUACUCUUGACAGAGGGCUCCCCACGGUACCACCUCCGGGAUGGUGGCUCUCUGGAGAUCUGGAACGUGACCAGGGCGGAUGCUGGCAAGUACAAGAUCUACUGUGAGAACCCAGAAGGCCACAAUGAAACGGCCCUCUGGUUAGAUGUGCAGUAUUCACCAUCCAUCCGUAGCAUUGGAGACCCAACCUAUGUGGACCUGGGGGGCACAGCUGAGAUUGAGUGCCAGGCGGAUGCCAACCCCACACCUGCAAACAUGUUCCAGUGGAGAUGGCUGAACGAUUUGGAGCAGAGCCUGGAAGAGCUGGGGAUUGAACUGCAGUCGGAUGGGCUGGUAGGGCGACUUCGAGUCCAGGGCGCAAAUCGAACCCAUGCUGGACUCUACGAGUGUCAGGCGGACAAUGGGAUCUCCCCAGCAGCAAGGAGUAGCGCCCGCUUGAUUGUUCGAUACCCACCAGAGAUCAUCAAGAGCCCUGGAAUGCGGAAAGUGGCGGCUUCAGGAGAUGGGAGAAGCCAGGCUGCGCUCCAGUGCCGAGCUCAAGGUGUUCCCACUGUGCACUUUAGCUGGGCCAAGAAUGGUGUGUCCCUUGACCUUCAGAGCCGCAGGUAUACUGUGGCUGCAGAACAUGAGGGCUCCCUGCACACCAGCACCUUAACCAUUGCCAAUGUGAGCGCCGUUCUUGACUAUGCCACCUUUACCUGCACAGCCAGCAAUGAACUCGGCACAGAUACCCUCGACAUCCAGCUACUUAGUACCAGCCGCCCUGACCCACCAUCAGGGCUAAAGGUUGUAGGUGUUGCCCACAACUGGCUGGCUUUGGAGUGGACCCCUGGCUUCGACGGAGGGCUUCAGCAAAGCUUUCGUGUCAGGUACCACUGGCCAGCGGCUCCCAGCUUUAGGUAUGUGGAUGUCUUCCCGCCGCAGUCUCCUGCCUUCACCUUGAUGGGCCUGCGCCCAAACACCAUCUACAAUGUCUCCGUCAAUGCCCGCAAUGCCCUUGGUGAAAGUGACUUUGCUGAUGGUGGGGCAGGACUGAGUGUCACCACUACAGGGAGUGAGGAAGAAACAAUUGACAGAGAACCCAAAACGCCAUCUCUACCUGAACCAGUGAGCCCUUUGCUGCCUCUUCCUCUUGUUGGGCUCCUCAGCGCCUUAGGGGUUCUUCUGAUAGUUUCCAACUUGUCCUUCCUGGGCUGUUUACUCUGCCGGCGACAGGUCCGAACCCUCAAAGUUGAUGGAACCCAAGAAGAAGUCAAGGGAAAGGUGAGAUUUGGGAACAACUACGUAGUGAGCAAGUGGCUGAAACUCGGCACACGGCCAGCACAGCUGGAGGAGCUCAGCUCGGAGGGCAGCUCUCCCAAGACAACAUCGACCAGCUCUGCGGCUACUGCAAGGCGCUGGUCCCGGCCAGGCCACCACACUGACAGCGAGAUGGAUGCUAGUGUUACAGGGCUUGGUUCUCCAGGUCAGCACGAGUAUGAGGAAGUGAGGCUGCCUCGGCAGUAUGAAGAAAUGAAGCCUCUGUAUGAGAGAUGGUACCCUCAGGAGGAACCGUGGAUUUAUGAGUAUGCUGGUGCUUAUCAGCGAAGCAGAAGACCUGUGGAUGGCUAUGCGGAAGUGACACAGGUCUACGACCCUGUGGCAGAUUUUCUGCCCCUGGAUGGGGAGCUGCCUUUUGAGCAACGAGGGGAGCUGGUCUGA